GCGGUCGCCAUGGCCACUUCCGGCGUGACUGCCCCGACCUACUGCGGAACAGCAAUGCAGCCUCGGGAAACGAGUACGGCCGGUGGCGUUGACCCCUGAACGCCUGCCGGCCGCGAUGACCAUGGACAACUCGGCAAAACUUCCAUCGAUGCCUCGCUACCACCGACGGAGACGCUCAGCUUCCCCCCCACCGCCACCACCACCCUGGGGACACCACGGCCGUCGCCCUCCGGCUCCGGGACAACAUCGCCGCCGGCCCUUCUACCGACGCCGGGGCAACUCCGCAACCUGGACCGUGCUGGGCCCCCAGGGCCUAGCCAUCUCAUGGACCUCGAACCUGCCCUGGGAGGUCCAGCCCCGGCCCCUGACCACGGACCCCCCGGCCGAAGUCCCGGAGCCGUUUCGGAGAAACACCCUUACCGACCGCCAUCCCAACGACCCGGUGCAGUUCUACGAUGAGGAGGAGCGCCGGCUCCUGUGCCCCCUCUGUGGGGUGCCCGAGAUCCACAGGGGCACCCACCAGGCCGGCGCUCUCCACCGGGCCCGGGAGUCGGCCGCCGCCGCCAGGGCAGCCGUCUUGCGCCUCGCGGCCAUAGACGAACAUAACCUCCAACGGGCCCUGGCGGUCGUCCGGCGCCUAAGACCCGCCCUCCUCCGCCCCCCCUCGCCGGCCGACAUCGCAAUCAACAUUGACGAAAACGAAGAACCCUUCUAA